CAGGAAUGAUAACUUGCGCACAUCGAGAAUUUAGAAAGCAAAGGCAGCAGCGACAGCUAUGGGACGGUAUUAUCCUGAACCGAUAUUUUCUUUAAAAGAAGAAUAGGAAAAUAAAUGCUGCGUCUACGGAGUAAACUAAAAUGUUUUGCUUUUUCUGCCUGGCAUAAAGAGCUUGAGGACCGAACUGGUCAGAUGGUGUGCCUCUACUAAAUACAGUGGAGGAAGGGGCGUCGGAAAGGGGGGCUCUAAGGUUUCCCUCACCAAGUUUUCCACAGCUAUAGUCACUAUUAUAAAGUUCAAUUAUUUAUGAAAGGAGCAAUGUCUGUGGGUAUGCAACCUGAUACGAGGAAGUUCACGCGGGGUCUGAACAAACCAGGAACCGCAGCAGAGUUGAGACAGAGCGUCUCUGAGGUUGUGAGGACGUCGGUGUUGAUGGCAAUAGAGUAAAGGACACCCUCCAACUCAAGAGAAGACAGAGGUGAAACCUAAGGUCAUCGAGCCGCUGGACUACGAGAGUGUUCUUCUGCAGAGGAAGACCCAGAUCAUCAGUGAUGUGCUGCGGGACAUGCUCCAGUUCCCUCCGGAUGACUUCCAGAUCUCCACCCUCAGGCGUCAGGGUAGAACCACGUUCUCCACGGUGCCGAGGAGCGCUGAGAAGGAGGCCUACAGUCUGUUUGUCCAGGAGUGUAUCCAGACAUACAAGUCGGAUUGGCAUGUGGUCAAUUACAAAUAUGAGGAUUAUUCCGGAGAUUUCCGCCAGCUCCCAAAUAAGGUGUCCAGACCGGAGAAGCUGCCGAUCCAUCUGUUUGAGGUGGAUGAAGACAUGGAGAAAGAUGAGGACACGGCCUCGCUGGGCUCCCAGAAAGGAGGGGUGUCCAAACAUGGCUGGCUGUAUAAAGCCAACAUGAACAACGCUAUUAGUGUCACAAUGAGAUCCUUCAAGAGGAGGUACUUCCACUUGGCCCAGCUUGGGGACGGUUCCUACAACCUCAACUUCUACAAGGAUGAGAAGACCUCUAAGGAGCCCAAAGGAACCAUCUUCCUAGACUCCUGCAUGGGGGUGGUCCAGAACAGCAAAGUGCGUCGGUUUGCUUUUGAGCUGAAGAUGCAGGACAAGAGCACUUACCUGCUGGCGGCAGACAGUGAGGGGGAGAUGGAUGACUGGAUCAGCACCCUCAACAAGAUCCUCCACAGCAGCUUUGAACUGGUCAUGCAGGAGAAGAGGAACGGAGAUCUGCAUGACGAGGACGAACUUUUAAAGACUGACCUGUCCACAGGAAGUUUUCAGGACAGUUUUCAGACCGCCAGAGAUAUUGAGUCCAAGAUGAGGAGCGAGACUCGCCUGAAGCUGUUCACUCUGGACCCAGACACACAGAAACUAGACUUCUCAGGGAUCGAGCCGGAUGUGAGGCAGUUUGAGGAGAAGUUUGGCAAGCGUGUGCUGGUGAACUGCCAUGACCUGUCCUUCAACCUCCAAAGCUGUGUUGCUGAAAACGACGAUGGGCCGACUACUAAUGUGGAGCCCUUCUACGUGGUCCUGUCUCUCUUCGACGUUCAGAACAGCAGGAAGAUCUCAGCAGACCUCCAUGUGGACCUCAAUCACCCCGUGGUCCGACAGAUGACGUCCGGCUCUUGGUCAGGAGGGUCAGGGUCGGAUCAGCGCGUCAACGGAGGGGUGGAUGGACCGCUGGGGGGCGACAGACACAUCAACGGAUUACCAGAGGGGGCGCUACAGUACCCUAGGAAGGGGGUGUUUUCAGUGACGUGCCCCCAUCCUGAGAUCUUCCUUGUGGCUCGGAUAGAGAAGAUCCUACAGGGGGGGAUCACCCACUGUACUGAACCCUACAUGAAGAACACUGACUCCACCAAGGUGGCUCAGAAGGUGUUGAAGAAUGCUAGGGCAGCCUGUAGCCGACUGGGCCAGUACAGGAUGCCUUUCGCAUGGGCAGCCAGGCCUGUGUUCAAAGACGCAUCAGGGACUCUGGACAAAAGCGCUCGUUUCUCCGCGCUCUACAGACAGGACAGCAGCAAGCUGUCAGAUGAGGACAUGUUCAAACUGCUGACAGACUUCAGGAAACCAGAGAAGAUGGCCAAGCUUCCAGUGAUCUUAGGGAACUUAGACGUGACCAUAGACAAUGUGGCUCCAGAUGUGACCAAUUGUGUCACUUCCUCCUACAUCCCCGUGAGGAACUUUGAGGGCAACGAGCCCGGCAGCGCUCUACUGGAAGUGGAGGAGUUUGUUCCGUGUAUCGCUAAGUGUUCCCAGCCCUUCACUAUCUACAACAACCACCUCUAUGUCUACCCCAAACACCUGAAAUAUGACGGGCAGAAAGCCUUCGCUAAGGCAAGGAACAUUGCGGUUUGUGUUGAGUUCAAAGACUCAGACGAGGAGGACACUCAGCCCCUAAAGUGUAUCUACGGCCGUCCCGGAGGACAGCUCAUCACCAAGCAGGCCUACGCUGCCGUCUUACACCACCAACAGAACCCAGAGUUCUACAACGAGAUUAAGAUGGAGCUGCCCACCCAGCUCCAUGAGAAGCACCACCUCCUCUUCACCUUCUACCACAUCAGCUGUGACAGCAACAGCAAGAAGAAGGACCUCGUGGAAACUCCAGUGGGGUCUGCCUGGUUGCCCCUGCUCAGGGACGGCAGGGUCAUCAUGAGCGAGCAGCAUCUACCUGUCGCUGCCAGCCUGCCCCCUGGGUACCUCGCCAGCCAGGAUGGCACUGUCAAGCACUCGGGUCCAGAGAUCAGAUGGGUGGAUGGAGGGAAGACCUUGUUUAAAGUCUCGACUCAUCUCGUUUCCACUGUUUACACCCAGGACCAACAUCUACACAACUUCUUCCACCACUGUCAGAGCAUGGAAAAUUCAGAACAGGCAUCUGAGGGGGAGCUGGUCAAGUACCUGAAGAGUCUUCAUGCCAUGGAGGGUCAUGUGAUGGUCAACUUCCUGCCAACUAUUUUGAACCAGUUGUUUCGCGUUCUGACCAGAGCCAACCACGAGGACGUGGCGGUCAAUGUGACCAGGGUGAUGGUGCAUGUUGUAGCUCAGUGUCACGAGGAAGGCCUUGAACAUUAUCUGAGAUCCUAUGUUAAGUUUGUGUUUAAGCCUGAACCGUACAUGAUCAGCAGUGUGAAGAUGGUCCAUGAGGAGCUAGCUAAAGCCAUGACAGCUAUACUCAAACCCUCCACUGACUUUCUCACAAGCAACAAGCUGCUCAAGUACUCGUGGUACUUCUUUGAAGCAUUAGUGAAGUCUAUGGCUCAGCACUUGAUCGAGAGUGGGAAGGUCAAGCUAUCUAGGAACCAGCGCUUCUCUGCAUCCUACCACCAUGCGGUGGAGACCCUAGUCAACAUGCUAAUGCCUCACAUCACCCAGAAAUACAAGGACAACCUGGACGCAGCCAGGAACGCCAACCACAGCCUGGCCGUGUUCAUCAAGCGCUGUUUCACCUUUAUGGACAGAGGCUUUGUCUUCAAGCAGAUUAAUAACUACAUCAACUGCUUCUUGCCUGGAGACCCCAAGACGCUGUACGAGUUUAAGUUUGAGUUCCUGCGGGAGGUGUGUAAUCAUGAGCAUUACAUCCCUCUCAACCUGCCCAUGCCCUUCGGAAAAGGCAGGAUCCAGAGAUUUCAAGACCUGCAGCUGGACUACUCGCUGACUGAUGACUUCUGUCGAAACCACUUCCUGGUUGGGCUGCUGCUGAGGGAGGUGGGCGGAGCCUUGCAGGAGCUCCACGACAUCCGUCAGAUCGCUAUCCAGGUGCUGAAGAGCCUGAUGAUCAAACAUACCUUUGACGAACGCUACUCUGCCAAGAGUCAGCAGUCCAGGCUGGCCACCCUCUACCUGCCUCUGUUUGGCUUGCUCCAAGACAACGUCUACAGGCUCAACGUCAAGGAGAGCUCCUCCUUCACAACCAACCACUCUGCUAACAAUGGCAGAGAUGACUAUCUGAUCGGGGUGUCCAUGGCAACUCCUCCGAGGCUAGGGGGUUGCCUGGACAACAGUCUACACAAGGAUGUGUUUGGAGUCAUCUCUGGCACAGCCUCUCCCCACACCUCCACCCACAACAUCAGCUCUGUGCACAAUGACUCACGAGGCUCCCUGGUCAGCACUGACUCUGGGAACAGCCUGCUGGACAAGAGCAGCGACAAGACCAACUCCCUGGAGAAGAACCAGUGUGCGUCUGCCCUGGGCAGCUCUCUCCUGCGCUGUGACAAACUGGACCGGGACGAGAUCAAGAACCUGCUCAUGUGCUUCCUGCACGUGCUGAAGAGCAUGUCAGAUGAUGCUUUGUUCACGUACUGGAAUAAAGCGUCACCGUCGGAGCUCAUGGACUUCUUCACACUGGUGGAAGUGUGUCUCCACCAGUUCAGGUACAUGGGGAAGAGAUUCAUUGCCAGGACCCAGGAGGGGGCGGGCCCUGUAGUGCAGGACAGGAAGUCUCUGACUCUGCCUGUGUCUCGUAACAGGGCGGGAAUAAUACACGCCCGCCUGCAACAGCUGGGCUGUCUGGAGAGCUCACACACCUUUAACAACACAUACUCUCAAGCGGACGCUGACGUGUGCAGCCAGUCCCUGCUGGAGGCCAGCGUGACCACGGAGGUGUGUCUGACUGUUCUGGACACGCUCAGCACCUUCAUCAAGGGCUUCAAGACCCAGCUGAGCUCUGACCUGGGCCACAACCCCCUGAUGAAGAAGGUGUUCCAGGUGCACCUGUGCUUCCUUCAGAUCCCCCAGUCAGAGGCAGCGCUCAAGCAAGUCUUCGCCUCACUGCGCACCUUCAUCUACAAGUUCCCGUGUACGUUUUUCGACGGCCGGGCUGACAUGUGUGCGUCUCUGUGCUAUGAGAUCCUGAAGUGCUGCAACUCCAAGCUGAGCUCCAUCCGCAGCGACGCCGCCCACCUCCUCUACUUCCUCAUGAAGAGCAACUUUGACUACACCGGCCGCAAGUCCUUCGUCCGCACACACCUGCAGGUGGUGAUUGCCGUCAGUAAGCUAAUCGCUGAUGUCAUUGGCAUUGGAGGAACCCGCUUCCAACAGUCCCUCUCCAUUAUCAACAACUGUGCCAACAGCGACAAGACCAUUAAACACACCGCGUUCCCUUCGGACGUGAAGGACCUCACCAAGCGGAUCCGGACGGUGCUGAUGGCCACGGAGCAGAUGAAGGAGCAUGAGAAGGACCCGGAGAUGCUGGUGGACCUGCAGUACAGCCUGGCCAAGUCCUACGCCAGCACGCCCGAGCUGCGCAAGACCUGGCUGGACAGCAUGGCCCGCAUUCACAACAAGAACGGAGACCUGUCUGAGGCAGCUAUGUGCUUCGUCCAUGUAGCAGCUCUUGUGGCGGAGUAUCUCUGGAGGAAAAGUAUGUUUAGGCAGGGCUGUUCAUCGUUCCGUGUCAUCACACCCAACAUUGAUGAGGAGGCGGCCAUGAUGGAAGACGUAGGCAUGCAGGACGUGCACUUCAGUGAGGAGGUGCUGAUGGAGCUGCUGGAGGAGUGUGGUGACGGCCUGUGGAAGGCUGAGCGCUACGAGCUCAUCUCUGACGUGUACAGGCUCGUCAUCCCCAUCUACGAGCAGCGGCGGGACUUUGAGAAACUGACCCACCUGUAUGACACACUGCACCGGGCCUACACCAAGGUGAUGGAGGUGAUGCACACUGGCAAGAGGCUGCUGGGAACCUACUUUCGAGUGGCCUUCUUUGGUCAGGCGGCGGGCUUCUUUGAGGAUGAGGAUGGUAAGGAGUACAUCUACAAGGAGCCCAAGUUCACGCCUCUCUCUGAGAUCUCCCAGAGACUCCUCAAGCUCUACUCCGACAAGUUUGGUCAGGAGAAUGUGAAGAUGAUCCAGGACUCUGGCAGGGUGAACCCAAAGGACCUGGACUCUAAGUAUGCCUACAUCCAGGUGACCCAUGUGACCCCCCACCUGGAGGACAAGGAGCUGGAAGACAGGAAGACGGACUUUGAGAAGAGCCACAAUAUCCGUCGUUUCGUCUUUGAGACGCCCUUCACCGUGUCCGGGAAGAAGCAGGGUGGGGUGGAGGAACAAUGCAAACGCAGGACCGUUCUUACCACCACCCACUGUUUCCCCUACGUGAAGAAGCGGAUAGCAGUGAUGUACCAGCACCAGACGGACCUCAGCCCUAUCGAGGUGGCCAUUGACGAGAUGACCGCUAAAGUGUCCGAGCUGAGGCUGCUGUGCUCUGCCUCUGAGGUGGACAUGAUCCGCCUCCAGCUCAAACUGCAGGGCAGCAUCAGCGUCCAGGUGAACGCAGGUCCCCUGGCCUACGCCAGAGCCUUUCUAGAUGACAGUGGAGAAAAGAAAUACCCCGACAACAAGGUCAAACAACUCAAGGAGGUGUUCAGGCAGUUUGUGGACGCCUGUGGCCAGGCCCUGGGGGUGAAUGAGCAGCUCAUCAAGGAGGAUCAGCAGGAGUACCACGAUGAGAUGAAGGCUAACUACAGAGACCUGGCCAAAGAGCUGUCCAACAUCAUGCACGAGCAGAUCAUCGCUGUCGAGUAUGGGUCAAGAAACACACUUUCUCAUUCGCUAGGCAUCUUCAACGCCAUCAGUGGCACGCCAACCAGCACCAACAUCCAGGGUGUCUCAAGCUCCUCCUCCAUGGUCUGACCUAUCAACGAACCCUGAACCCUGCCAUGCCCCUCGUGUUCCCAUGGUGAUGGAGUGAAAAGAGAGAGAGACAAGUGACCUCAUCACAUUCUACGAUCGAAUAAGUGAAGAGUUGACGCCUGCUUUGUCAUAUAAAUAUAUCCCUGUGAUUGGUUCACAUGAGUGUCUGUGAAGAGCUGGAUUACAAUAUUGACGAUACUCAGAUGACAGACGAGAGCCAAUGUGAUGGUCUCUAUAUACCAACCAACACAACUGGGAGACACAUUUUAAACUAUUUUCUAUGUUUCCUGUGGAGACCUCCUGCACCUAGUAACCUGAAGCAUCAAGAACAUGACAUCAAUACUAGUUGACAUCAAUCCUUCAGUACUUUUAAAGGUCUUAAAGGCCUUCUGUUCUCCACCUUUGUGUUUUCUAUGACAGGGACAACUGCUGUACAGUACUCAGUAUUCAACUACCUGUAUGAUAGUUAUACAGUUUAAGAUGUGUGUUGGUUUUGGACAGUACUGACACUUAUAUCUAGUAGGGGGUAUCUUUUCAUGCCCCUUUUGUACUCAAGCUUGUAGAAGGGCUUGAUGAUUUUUUUUAUGUAGCAACAUUUUUGCAUAACAAUUCCUGUGAAUAUACCUACUGUAAGACCAUUUAUGUAAAGUCAAAUGUAGUAUAGAAUACAUUUAAGGCUAAGGCAAUUAUAAUGUCCCUUCUUGUUUCUGCCUAGAAAAGAGUGCAAUAUCCUCUACCCUGUCAGGACCUUGACUGCACAUGACCACUCCUGCCAAAGCAACCACUUGUACUGUGUAUGACUAUGCUAUAGACAAGGAUUCUCUAAUACAGGUUUUACUUUUCUAUAUUAAUUUAGUCAAUCAUUGGGGAAGUGAAAUUGUAAAAACAAAUAUCAACUUCCCUGUUUGAAAAAUGUAAAUAUUGUCUAUUGUUUAUGCUUUUAAUUAAAGUUUACUUGAAAG